AUGUCGCAAGGCUCGCAGACUUACAGUUCCCUUGAGGUCCACGAACCGGACCCCGAGCAGUACCAGAAGCAGGUGGUCUCCUACCCGGACCACAGCCUACCGCAGCCCAUGCCCCUCGAGCAGCGGACAGGCGCCUCCCCAACGUACACCAGUCCCGAGUCGACCAAGGAAGUCGUCACCUCCGCGUCCGAGUAUGGAUACUACAAGCCUGGACAAGAAAACACCUAUAACCAGCAUCCCGGCUAUGCCGGGGCAUACGUUGACCCGCACGCGGCGAAUAGCCCUCCAGGUCCGUAUGGUCCCGUAGGAAGUCCGAUGAGUGGUGGAACGACAGCAGUAUACAGCGAUCAGUAUCCGCCGUUAGCCGGCGAUGCCGGCGAGAAAGCGAAGGCGCCGGCCGCAACAAUAUGUGGAAUGAAGAAGAGGACUUUUUACAUAAUAUUAGCGGUUGCCAUCUUGAUAAUAGUCGCCGCGGUAGCAGGAGGCGUCGCAGGCGGACUGGCCGCACAAAAUAGCUCGAAAACCAGCUCAGCAGAUUCGAAAUCCCCAGCAGACGGCUCAUCAUCAGGCGGCGGCAAUGCGACCGCGAGCGACUCCGGGCCGAAGCCCCUGGACAUUUCGAAGCUGACGGCGUCGAACUUCACGGACGGCGAUGGUGUCGUCCACCGCACGCUCUUCUUCCAGGACGAGUACAACUCGAUUAUUGCGAGGCGAUGGGACUCAAAAAGCAAGUCCUGGGCCACGGACAACCUGACAGAUCAACUUAUAGCGACAACACGUCCGCUGGACGUGGCGGCCGGCACGCCGCUGGCGAGCGCGUCAAUGGAUCUCGACCCGCAUUACGAGACGCAUCUGUGGUUCUUGGACCCGAACAACUAUAUCCACUCAAUGGCAGCGACGGAUGCCGUGGGGACGCCGUCAGGCUGGGCGAACGACACGCUCGACGACGCAUUCCUGCAGACAUGGGACGGUGGCCAGCUAGCCGCGAUGUGGCAGCGCUGCGAGGGCGCCGACUGCGACGGGACCUGGGUCGUGGCCUACCAGCGGCCCGAGGGCGCCAUCAAGACGGCCAACUCGAGCAUGUGGGCCACUGCCACCGUAGCAGUGAAUUCUACCGAUGUGGCCGCCAAUUCCAGUCUGGCGAUCAUCCCGCAAUUGAGCGGGCCCUGGCUCGACGCCAUCGAGCUCGUGUCGGAGAAGGCGUCGUCGACGCGGACGAUGCGCGUGACCACCUAUGCCGACACGUGGGAUUCGUCAGAAGACAGAGUGACCGAGCUCAUCACCGACAUUCCCCAGCCGGCGACGCGCCAGCAAUUCACCGUCACUAAAUGGGGUAGCUGGAACCAGGCGCUGUACCUCGCACUUCUGUCAGACGGCACGCUCGAGGGCACGCACUACGACGGGACGAGCAUGAAGUCGCUGGCGGGCAUCUCGUUCAACGGCGGGCCCGACGUCAGCUUCACGGCUAUCGCCAUGACGACCGACGCCAUGUUCUACGGCAUCUCCGACGACGAGGUCCUGGAGUACUCGCUGGACACUUCGAAUCCUUCGCAGUUCACGUACGUAGGCGUGGCGUACCCUUGA